UAAAAAUAGAACCGCUAAUAUAACUGCCUGCCUUGUUUACAUAACCAUGGACCAAUAAACAGCCAAAGUGUAUAACCAUAAUAUUUAAUUUGGUUAAUAAAAUGUUUCAAUACUGUACAAGUAAAAAUAGGUAGUGUUAUACCUACUUAAUGAUAAGAUGAUAAUCUUUGGAGUUUCGUUUCACAACAGAUUGCGGCUUUAUUAGGUUAUGUUUUGUCUAAAAAAUAAUGGUUUAGUAUUUCGGUUGUGAUUGUUUUUGUGGUGAAGACUGAAGAAAAAAUAAAUUAAGAGUUAACUACAAUUAAAAUGACCCUGGGACCGUUGAAACGGUUUUCGAAACUAGCACUUGAGAGUGAAAAGGAAUUAAUCUUGAAAGCGCCUUGGGGUAAGCUGUCAGCUUUAAGCUGGGGCGAUCCUUCCCACUCGCCCGUGCUGUUGUGCCACGGCCGUCUGGACUCGUGCUCGUCGUUCCGGCCGCUCGUGCAGCGUCUGCCACGCGCACACUUCUACGUGAGCGUGGACCUGCCCGGCAACGGACGCUCGGACCACUACCCGCGCGGCGGGUCACUCAAUUUCUUCGAUUUCGUUCCGCCACUCGAGAUUAUCAGAGACCAUUUCAAAUGGGAAAAGUUCACCUAUAUAGGACACUCACUUGGUGCAGUGGUAGGCAAGUACUUAAACCACAUCGCACCGAACCAAAUCACUCGGAUGGUGGACAUUGACCCUCAGCCGGCUUACUUGUUCUUCAUCAAAGAUCUGCGGGGGUGGUACCAGAUUUACUCCAGCGCGGGAUUCUGCGGCAGUGAGAGCCGCGACAAAGUGCUCGUUGGACCGGAGACUGCGCCGAAAUACACGUAUGACGAAAUUUUGGAAAAAAUUAUGAAAGCCCGUGGUCUGAGCGAAGACAAAGCGGUACACGUACUGGAAAGAUGCCUGGAGCCAACCGGCGAUGGGUUGUACAGGUUGACGUUCGACCAGCGUUUCAAGUUUCUCCACCCUUUACCGUUCCUUUAUGGCAGCCUCCAAGAGUUCUAUACAGCACCAAAGACUCCGACACUUGGCAUAUUCGCCACGGAUAGUAUCCGACAAAGGUUUUAUAAGGCUUUUCCUUUUGCGCUGGACGAGUCGGCUUGGAAACACGGAAACUACCGCCAUGUAGUGGUAGAAGGUGGCCACGAUAUCCAUCUGCAGCGACCUGAGGAGAUGGGAAGGCAUAUCACCAAGUUUAUGGCAGAUAAUCCGGAAUAGUGCAAGUGAUAACCAUAGAGGUAUAACAAUAGAGUGGGGAAGGUGGCUCUAAAAGUGUCCGUAUAGUAGAAAGAGAGCGCGAAUGCGAAUUGGAUGAAAAACCUACGGAUGAAUAUCGACCAAUCACACGAUUGCUCAGCAAUACCGACCAAUCACACGACUGCGCAGCGUCACAAGAGAGAGAAAGAUAGCUAGCCGUAUCUCAUCUUUCUCUUUUUACUAGACAGACACUUCCACUUGUAGUAGAGUACAUAUCUCCCCUACUCUAUUCUUAUACCUCUACUGUGAUAACGCGGGCGUGGACUUGUCACAGAUGCAGUACCUACUUUGGAGAUAUGAGAAACUAGCGUUUUACAAUAACAUAAUAUAAAAAGUUUUAACUUAAGUGUGUGGCCAAUAAAAGGCUUUCCUGUUACAAAGCCUAUGCAAAGUGAAUAAAUAAGAAAAAAAAGAAGCCAAUCUGAGAAUCAAUCAUAUCAUUACGCGAUCACCCAAAUGUGUUGCUACCGUAAAUAACCGUCAAGAAGCCAUUGGGUGUCGAUUCUGGCUCUCCAAACCCUAAACAAAAACCUAACAUCUGUCUCUCCCUUUCACUCCGUGUAGAGAAUGACAAGGAUACUGCGCUACCAAACUCAAGUCUAGGCUGGGAGAAUCAGGCCAGAAUCGAGACCAUUAUAAGGAUUACAAGGAUCAUUUUUUUAUCGCAUGUAACUGUCAAGCCCCAUAGUAAUUUGGCAUUUGUUCGUGAUCAUAAAAAACAGCUAUAUCUACCAUCAGACCAGCUAUAUCAGUGCGGGUUACCAUUCUUACUGGGUUGCUGUUCUUUCGCACCAAACGCUUCUCAAAUACUUUUUUAAUGCGCAUAGUGAAGGAUUGGCACUGCUUGACUGUGUCAGUGUUUCCAAGCACAUAUAAUCCAACUCUUUUUAAAGUCAGAGUGAAUAUGCUCCUUCUGAAUAAGAUCGCUACGCCGCACCGUAGAUCCCAUUUCUGCUCUCGGGCUGGAUGGAGGAUCAAGAGCUUAUCCAUAAAAAAAAAACUCGGUGCUCAUGUA